GUGCUCUUUGGCCCCGCCCCGCCCCUGUCCCCGCCCUGCCCCCGCCCUGCCCCCGCCGUGGCGCCGGAGGAGGGCGGGCGGCCCCUCUGGUCAGUCUCUGCCUUGGACACCGGCCGCUCAACUGGAGGCGGCGGAGCGGAAGGUGCCUCAUUUUCUCAGGGAGGAGGAGGGGAUCAGAGAAGUUUGCUGCUUUCCUCAACGUUCCUGCUUCCCCUUUGCCAGCCCCUGUCAUGGCCGCCAUCCGCAAGAAACUGGUGAUCGUGGGGGACGGGGCCUGCGGGAAGACCUGCCUCCUCAUUGUCUUCAGCAAGGACCAGUUCCCUGAGGUCUAUGUCCCCACUGUCUUCGAGAACUACAUCGCAGACAUAGAAGUGGAUGGCAAGCAGGAGCCUGUUCGAUCUGAGGAAGGCCGCGACAUGGCAAAUCGGAUCAGUGCCUUUGGAUACCUCGAGUGCUCAGCCAAGACCAAGGAUGGGGUGCGGGAGGUGUUCGAGAUGGCCACACGGGCUGGCCUCCAGGUCCGCAAGAACAAGCGUCGGAGGGGCUGCCCUAUUCUCUGAGGGCCCCAGACCCCCCACUUCUCACUAGCCCUCUGUUCACGGGGAUGUAGGAAGGCCCCGUAACCCCAGCCUCACUGUCUUGGGGCUCCAUGCCCAAGGCACCCUUUUCCAGUUCCCUCUGCCAGGGACUGUAUGGCAUUUGGCCAGCUCCCCGGCCCCCUCGGGCAGGCAGUGGGGGGUCCUUACUCUGCCCUGGCCACAGGUGGGCACCUUCAUCCCUUUGGCCUUCUGGAGGAUCACCACACACCAGCACUUUAUAUGUUUCCAGCUCCCAGCAGUGGGUGGGGUGGGGGACACAACGGUGGAAUGGAGCCCACCCCCCCACCCCUGUCCCCCUGGCGUUGGACAGGGGCCUGGCCUGGCCUCUGGCUGUCCUUCACGGGAGGCUGAAUAAAGGCUGCCAGGCUCCAACAUGUGUGGCACUUGCUGUCUGUCCGGGCCCUGUCUGGGCUGCGAGCCUGGAGUCCGUCACCUCAUUUCCAAGUGGCUGGCAGUGUGUGUGGGGGGGGGCAAGCGUGGGGAGGCAGGACUGAGGCAGACAGGGUGGAGACUGGGCCAGGAUGAGGUCACACCUGGCACAGGGCCUGGGGGGGGCGGGUGAGGGGAGUGGUCUGGAGCUAGGCUAAACUUUGAAGCCUGUGGGUGGCUGCCCCGCUGCCUCCCAGUGGCCUGGGAGCUUCUGGGCUGAAUAGGACUGAGCCCCACGCCCCUCCCAGGACCAGCUGGGCAGGAGGGGGGGGGGGGACCAGGCUGAGAAGACAGGGAGACUUUGGCAGAGAUAAGACUUUGUUUUCAGGUUUUCUUCCUCUUCCCCCUUUGUUAGCAGCAGCUUGUCCGAGUCACCCCUCAGGGCGGGGCAGGAAUGGCUCUGGCUGUAAACGCCUUCCCCAGCCUCUGGG